AUGGCCGAGCCUGCGCAGAAGAAGGCCCGCACCAGCCGCACUUUCCUCUUCUCUUCCGAGUCUGUCAACGAGGGCCAUCCUGACAAGAUCUGCGACCAGGUGUCCGAUGCAGUGCUGGAUGCAUGCCUCAAGGUGGACCCCAAGAGCAAGGUGGCUUGCGAGACUGCAACCAAGGAUAACAUGGUCAUGGUGGCAGGUGAGAUCACCACUGAGGCCAAGUUGGACUAUGACAAGGUUGUGCGAGGAGUUGUGGCACAGAUCGGUUUUGACAGCUUUGUGGAUGACUGGUCCAGCGUGGACAGCAAGGGAUUGAGCCACAAGAGCUGCGAAGUGCUGGAGGACUUGGACGUAGGUGCCGGUGACCAGGGCAUCAUGCUUGGAUAUGCCAGUGAUGAGACAUCUGACUGCAUGCCUUUGACCCACUCCAUGGCCACGCGUUGGGGCAAGACCCUGACUGAUGUUCGCAAGAGCGGUGAGUGCUGGUGGUUGCGCCCAGAUGGCAAGACCCAGGUGACCAUUGAGUACCUGCAGCACCCUGAUGGCUCCGUUGAGCCAAAGAAGAUCCACACCGUGGUGAUUUCCACUCAGCACGCUGAGCCUCUGAAGGCUGUGCGCAGCAAGGAGUGCGAGGGCUACAAGGGAGCUGAGAUGACUGCCCCAAGCAUGGAGCAGAUGAAAAAGGAGAUUGAGGAGAAGGUGAUCAAGCGCACUCUUGAGCAGAUCAAGCUGAAGAAUGGCCAGCCUGCCAUCAGCCUGAUUGAGUUCGACUGCCGUCCUGGUGCCAUUGCGCAGUCCUUGGCAUUGCGCGAGCCAAAGUACCAGGAGACCGCAGCAUACUGCCACUUCGGCCGUGAGCCAGUCACCAAGAACGGCAUCAAGUACUUCGAGUGGGAGAACGCAAAGGACCUGGCCAAGUACAAGUCCAUGGACACCACCCAGGUUGAAGCUGCCUUGAAGGCCAGCACCUACCUCGCUAAGUGGGUUGACUGA